AUUAUAUUGUGUAAUAAGACAAUGUCAAUGUUAAGCGUAUAUUAAAGGCGGCAACUUAGGAACUUAGUUGUUGCUUUGGUUAUAGAGUCAAAAUUACAAAAUAAAAUAAAACUUGCUGGCAUUUAAAAGAAUGAAUGAGAUACCCUACUCCAAGCUCAAGCUGCUCUUCAUCAGUGUAUUCAACAUACUCCACAAUGCCGCCUAUCUGAACGUUUAUCGCUUAUACUCUGAUAUAAGAAGCGUUAAGGUGGAGGUCGACAAUUCCGAACAGGAGGCUUGGAUCAGAGAGAUCUUCACAUUUCUCGUCACCAGUCUUGUAGUGGUGCGAUUUUUACUGUGUUUUGUGGGCCUGGCUGCGAGCAUUGUGGCCAUCUAUCCCAUCCUGACCAACUCCCAGGCCGAGCUACUAAUGCCCACGAUCAUUGUUCAGACCAUAGACAACGUGGUUCUGAACCUCUACGAGAUGAUGUUGGGCUAUGGAAGCCUCUGCUUCCUAUAUCCCACGAGCACGCCAGUCUUUGUCUUCUUCCUCGUCAAAUUAAGCCUCAAGAUUGCCCUGAGCAUUUCAGUCUUGAAUAUAUUCUCGGAUCAACACAGCCACUUGGCUAACCUGGGCAGUUUUCAGGAAGAAAUGUCUAGUUUAGGACCAGAUAGUAUCGACGAAAUCGAGCUAACCAACCAAAAUUUGGUCACUUAGGGGAAGU